AUGAGUGGCCUCGUCGAUGUUGACAAAAGAGUGUCUGAAAUCGAAAACGAUCGCUCAAGAAAGUCCAUCAAGCCUCAUUUGAACAGAGCUGGGGUCGUUGAAGGAGAGGCGCCAGAAACCGACGACGAACUUAAAAUUGACGUGCCGUCCACAUCCGUUACAGCCCCAUCCGAGGAACUCUGCAAAGACAUAGCUGUUCCACAGCGAGCUCGAGUUCAUGUUGACGAGAAACUGGAACGAAGCUGGCGAAAGUUAGGAGAAGAUGUACUGAUCGCAUCAAUGAAACGAGUGCGACCGACUAUGAAGAUGGCCAAUGAUAUGGAAACAUGUCUAGAUGAUACUCUCGCCGCCGUCCAGGGUGCGUCGGGACAUAUUCGUCAUGCGUCUACGGUUGUGUACCACCUCGAAGAUAGUGUUGAUGCGCUCCUGGAUGCCUCAAAGCUGAUACCGACGAAUUUCGAAAACACCGUCACAAUAAUGCGCUUAGCAUGA